AUGUCCGUACGACCGCCGGUAGCAGAGACCAUAUUUGACCUGAUCGUCUUCGUCGUCUCCCUGGUCAAUAUCUCCAACAACAGCAGGCAGCUGGAUCUCAUUGGCGCGCCUAACUACGUCGAACCGCUCUACCUGAUCUACCGCCUCACUACCACUACUACCACAUCCCCGUCUCCGGUCGUUUCCGGCUCCGAGCCUCCGGCCCCUCCACCCCGGAGCAUCUCGGCCCCAGAACCACAACAACCUCGACGAGAUGUAUCGUAUUUUUCCAGACCAACACUGGCUCCUCCGGUUCACAGCUACUGCGGUUAUGAAUCCCCGUCCGAACUUGAAGAUGGUUAUAUAACGCCGGACCCAACCCACCACCGGCCCGGAGCCACCUCCGAACCUUUCUGGGCGACCUCAUCGGCAUCCCGCCGUCAAAAAGGUGGUGGCAACAACAGCCCCAUGAAGGCGAGCAUGGAUGACAUACUCACCAAAGGGCGUAACUUGUCGAAGCGCAAAGUGAGCCUCAGGGAUCGCAUCACUUGUUAUCAGUGGACAUGGUUCACCAUGACUAUGGCCACCGGGGGUGUUGCCAAUGUUCUUCAUUCCAGACUAACGCUUCUGAUUAAGAUUGUCUCUGCCGGAACGAUCUUCAUCACCAUCUGCCAAUAUGGCAUCCCCAAUACGGGUCCUUGGCUGCUCAAAGCCAUGGAAAUAAUAUUCUGGAUCUACGUCGGUCUGAGUUUCAGCAUCAGUGCCUUUCUUUAUCUUCUUCUCUGGUCCACCACCGUCUUCCCCAUCCACACCAUGACGCCCGUCUGGGUAUUUCCCGCGUACCCGCUCCUCCUGACGGCCCCCUACGGCGCCAACCUGAUCGCCGCCGCCGUUAAAUCUGGCCACUUGACUCGGGCGGGCCAGUCUACCAUCAAUCCAAUCUCCAUUGCCCUCGCCUCUGUCGCCGUCCAGGGUACCGGCUUUCUGAUCUCCUUCAUGAUCUGCGCCGCCUUUCUUUACCGCCUGAUGACCCAGAAGUUACCGCGCGACUACCAACGACCCGGUGUUUUUAUUUCUAUCGGACCCGGCGCCUUCACCGCCGCGGGGCUGGUGCAGCUCGCCAACUCCGCCCCCGAUUUUUUUCCUACCGAGUUUCUGGGUACGCAGGGCGCUGUGGCCAUUUCCAUCCUGCGCAUGCUGGCUUACAUGGCGGGGAUCUGGCUCUGGGGCUUGAGUUGUUGGUUCUUCUUGGUGAGCGUCGGUUCGCUGUGGAAGUAUUUGAGACCGGAGAGAAAAAGCAAGCUGCAGUUCCAAAUGACCUGGUUCUCGUUUGUGUUUCCGAACACGGCGCUGGUGACGGCGACGGAGCAGUUGGGAAAGGCAUUUGAGAGCGAUGGGUUGAAGAUCUUGGGAUGUGUCUUGACGGGGUGUAUUAUAGUGGUGUGGAUUGUGGUGUUUUGGCGGAUGCUGGAAUGUAUUUGGAGGAGGGAGCUACUAUGGCCCAAGGAAGCGGAAGACUAG